UGCAUCCCGAAAAAGUCAGUCUUUUAUUAAGACUAUUUUUUAUUGUCUUCCAGGCUAUAGACGUAUAAAAUACACGGGAGUAAAUCUUAUACUUGCGAAGGCUGGAGAGAGCAUAGACGUGGUGUGCGAAAAAGAUGUGCCUCUGGUCCGCUGCGGGUUUACGCACCCGAAUGGAACUAAAGUUUUAUUUGUAGACCUCGUUCCGGGUACGCCAUCAUGCAAAUUCACUACCCACGCCACUGUUUCCGAAGUAGGUUUCUGGACCUGUCAUCUAUGGACCCCAACGGCACCACAAGAAGAAAUCACAAAAACAGUCGAAGUGAGGGUAGCUCACAAAUUUGCCGCGCUAGACAAAGAGAUCGUAGUGAAGAAGGGAGAUAGAGUGACAUUGUCGUGCGUCAGUUCGGAGGGAAGGAUACCGUUGAAUGAGUGUUCCUUUACGUCACCAGAGCAACAAUUAAUUCAUAUGGAUGAUAAAAUUACUGAGGAAAAUCUUGUCUUCAAAAGGUUCUUUUACCCGCCACACCUGAGCGUCCAUCGUGGCGACUGCAGCAUCACACUCCAGUCUACGGAUCUGACUGAUGAAGGCACCUGGACAUGUACGGGUUGGCUGGAGCUUGAGAACCGGGCGUAUACCGACUACAUACAUUUGAGGGUGCUUGAUGUGACAGAAGCUACAAGCAUAGAUAACAAACCGUUCAUCAUCAGCGUCGCAAUCUUCAUAUGCGUUACUCUCGCCCUCCUCGUAUUCUUAGCCCUUAUCUGUUGGAAAGAGAGAUAUUAUACACGAUUCUACGGGAAGAAGUGGGAUGACGAGAGCCUUGAGAGCUUCGGGAUGACAACUGACACGUCACAGAUCUUGGUUAGAGAUUCUUUCAGAACGUUUAAUGUGAAUGGUGCGGUGAAAAUUCUGGCGUUAGAAAACGAGUGGAUAAAUAUACAAUGUAAACAGGAUACCCCUAUGGCUUAUUGUGGCUUUGUACACCCAAGCGGAAAGAGGUAUUCGUUUUCCGGAAGCGAGCUGACAAACGGACACUGUGCCAUACCCAUCAAAGCGACUCGUCAGGACGUGGGCAAGUGGAGAUGCCAUAUAGGAAGAAAGCUUACAGGUGUAGAAGAUCAGCAGAUAAUCGAACUUCGUGUCGUCGACAAGAUAGCCGCAAUACGCAACAACAUAACAACAGUUCACCGCAAAGAUGUCACAUUAGAGUGUGCGACCACCGAGGGUUAUAAACCAUUGAGCUACUGCCGCUUUGAGCCCCCUAAUGGUCCGCCUUUUAGUAUUGAUUCGGCAGUGAACUAUACUAAAUCAAUCCUCGGCCGCUACUACUUUCCACAAAACAAGAGCUUGGAUCGAGGAGAUUGUGCUGUGACCAUCAGGAAAGUGAAAUAUGAAGAUGUGGGGAUCUGGACUUGCGGAGCUAGUCUCAGUGAUGGGAAGGAGUAUACGGACACAGUGGAGCUGAUCGUAGAAGGUAUAUACACCAUGUCAACAGCAUCAGCCACAGGAGUUACCUUCGGCGCUAUAGGCAUCGGGGCGUUCCUGAUCAUCCUAGGGUACCUAGGCUGGAAAAGGAGGAGCUUCCUCGGGGUAGCACCACGGCAGGAAGUGCAUGACGAAGGGCAUGAGAUGGGAGAAAUGCCGCAGGCACGGAACUCUCCACAAAGUAGAAGAUCAUCCAUCAGUAGGCGUUCACCACAAACCAGCAGAGUGCCCAGUGUGGUCGUCCAAUCACCGUCCGAGACGGGUUCGCCUCUCAUAACCAGCGGACAGCAGACGAUCGAACAAUAGAAGCGACAGACAUGUUUAACAGGUUUCCAAUGUAGACACCUUCAGAAACAGGCGCGCCUCUUAUGUCAUGAUCACCAGUAGAAAGAAGAUUAGUCAUCUUCUACUAGACGAGACAAUAGAUUUCACUUUAGUCGUCCAAUCACCGUCUGAGACGAAUGGACCUGCAAUGUCAUGGUGAAGAUAGGGACCUAUGCUCUAUGGUAUAGGUACAGUUUUUCCUACCUUUAUUUACAGUGAAUUACCAUAUUGAAAACGGAGUUUUCCUAUAAGCUUGUUGUCUGUAGUGUAAAUAGGAUGAUCAAGAUAUAUAUAAAUUGUAAUAGUAAUAAUAUUUACUUUUAAAACUUAUUUUCGUUCGGCUUUCUUGAAAUUCAUUCUUGUUCUGUUUUUCUUUCAAUACUUUAUCAUAUCAUGUUGUUUAUAUUUGGGAUUUCUUUCGGAAUUUUUCCUUCUCUCUAUAAAAUAUGAUAUUUUCAAUAAUAGAAUAUUUAAUUAGUUAUUUUAGUCUUUCUGCAGAGUACACGGGAAAAACUAUGAUACAUCAUUUUCGUACACGGUUUUUAAUUGAAUGAACUUGAAUUGAAUGAUUGAUUGGUUAUUAGUGUUCCGUACAAAACUUUUUUCACGGAACACUUAUUUUAUUCUAUUUUAACAUUUAACGCAUUCACUGCCAGCAACUCGCCAGGCGGGUGCUCAGUCCGUAGUCGGUUUUCGCUACAUACGCAUUUUCCCAUGUUAUCGGCUACGCUCGUAGCGCGUAGCACGCGCUGGCACUGAAUGUGUUAACAUUAUUUCUAUUCUGGGAGUUAUCAACUUCUUACCGCUAUGUACCGAUUUUAUCACCUUAAGAAAUAAUGGACUUUUGGUAUUAAAAUCGACAUACCUAACUACUUUAAACAUUUUGGGAAACAUAUUUACUAGGAAGAAGUAUUUAAAACGAUGCUAAUUUUUUUUUUGAAAAUGGAUCAUUUUUUCCUUUUUUUUUCAUAUAAUUUAGUGACACUUCUGUUACUGUUAAACCUAAGGUGCAUUUUUGGAAUUCCGAAAAUCAGUCAUACCUAUUAGACUUCAUUUAUAAGUCAAUCUAAGGCUCAGAUCAUAGAAAGUACUAGAUGGCUGACGGAGGCGUGGCGCGUGUCGCCGCGACAUGGCCACAUCGUGGCCAUACCGGCCCGCCAUAAGACAGUAGCAAAUUAGCUGUCAUUGAACAAUGUGCGCGUCAUUUUUAUUGAAAUUCCGAAUUAUAGCCUUAUUUUGUGUCGAAAUAGGAGUGCAUCCAAAAACUAUGUGAGUACAUUUUUUUUCACGUAUUAGUCAAUAAAACAACACAUUUUAACAAAUAAAUCCAGUGACAUAUGAUUUUUCUGAGUCAGACCAUGUUGUCAUACAAACGCGUGGCAAUUUGUCUAUACAUCCUACAUUGACGCUUUGGCAUGGAAAACUAUUUGUAGUGUCCUUAGCAACGGCGCAAUGCAUUAAACCGCUAACGAUAUUCACAGGGGCAUUAUUGUUUCUUGGUACGACCGCCAACCGCUCCCUUCAUUGACGCCGCGAAGUAGAGUGGUGCUCGUGCAUAUAAUUGAUCUUUGAGCGUUAUCGAUAAAAAUGUUUGUAUAUAGUGUGUAUGAAAGUAAUUAUUUUUCAAGUAAAAUUUUACAAUUAUUUUAUAUGCACCUAAUGUUUAAUUUAAUACUUAUUAAUUUGGAUUAAAAAUCGAAUAGGUAAGCCAAAAAAUAAACUGAUUUAAUUAAGUACAAUUUAUUUAUAACAUUAUAGUUUAUACCUAUAAGUAUAUUUUAUUCAGGUUCUUAGCAACGAUUCGAAUAACUGCACUAGGUAUAAUCAAAUAUGUUCAUGAUUGCAUUUUUUUUUUUUUCCCGAAAAAUCCCAGUAUUAAAGAAAAAUGGAUAGAUGCUACAGGUAGAGGGCCCUAACUGGUUUACGAGCGAGAAAAGUGUUAUUUGUUCGGAUCAUUUUCAAGAAAAAUGUUUCCAGUUACACUUCGCCCCAUUUAUAUAACGAUAGAAUAUAAAUAUGUUUAAAAUAAUAGUAUAUUGUAUACUUAGUCGAUCCAAAAGUUCUAUCAGAAAGAUUUUUACUGAUAAUUAUGAUUAUUAUUAUUAUUGUAUCUCCUUGGAUUUCACGGGCCUAUAAAUCCCGGUCUUUUGAUAGGCUUGCAUGGGGAUAUAGAUCCAACACGUAGAGGCCUCUUGGAGAGCUUUAAUGUUAUUAUUAUUAAAGCUCUUUAUUCCAAACGUUUUACAGUAUGAUUACUCUUUCCUUAUUAUUCGUACAUUUAAAAGCUUAUUUAAUGGUGCAUUAUACUUACAAUAUAAUUUAUUAUAACUUGCUUUCGCAGUUCUUUAUAACUCUAUGUAACAUGCUGGAAUUGCUUUCAAUUGGUGACGAAAUAUGCUAUAAUAAACUGAAACUAUUUUUUUAAUGAAGCGCUCGCGUCUAACGACAAUCCCAAAGUAAACAAUUUAAACAAACAUUACAUCAAAUAAUGACUAAAAUUUAAACCAAUUUGAUUAGUUAAGCAUAAACAAGCUUUCGCAUCAUGAUACAUGUUUUUUUUUAAAUUAAAAGCUUUGUAUUACAUUUUAUCAGUAAAAACCUUUGUGAGAGAACUUAUGGAUUAACUAAUAUACCUUCCACGUACAGUCAGCGUCAAAUAAUUCGUAGCAGUCAAAGUGGCCAAAUAGUUCGGUACACCAUACUAAAUAUAUGGUGUACCGAACUAUUUGGCUACUUUGACUGCUACGAAGUAUUUGACGCUGACUGUACCUUAAAAUUCUUAGGUCGUAAAUAAGGUCAAAAAUUUAAAGGAAUAUAAAUUAAAUCUAUGGCAAUUAUUACUUAAAACAAAAAUGUCAAAACUCUAAGAUCAUGUUCAGAACAUGUAAAAUAUCGAUAGCUCUGUCGAAUCGUCCUCACUCUAGUGCCGCCGCUCUCGGCUCCUACACCGCGCGGUUUGGCCAAUCACAGCGCGUGAGUUGGUUGUCUGGCCACGCCUUUAAUGAUGUGGUGGGGGACAGUUGGAGACAGCGAGACUCGUUGAAAUUAUGCUUCGUUAUAAAUCUCCUUACUUCUUAUAUCUAUGAUCUAAGGUAUUCGGAAUUACCUGAAUACACCUUAUUAUGCCCAUUUAUAUAAUAAGAAUACGUCUAUCUAGUCGCUAGUUAUCAAAUGGUUAAAAUUCAAUAAAAAUAAAAUAUUUUAAAGGA